AGACGGCUGUGGCGGGGGGCCGGAGCUAGCCUUGCAGGUUUUCCGCCUCUCCGGGCCCGCCUCCCCGGGAACUCCCGGGCCCGGCCGUCCGGAGCCUCCGGGAGGGGAGCGGUGCAAGCCGCCCGCGUCAUCUGAUGCUGUUUCCUGCAAGAGAGAGAAGAGCGGAAAAAAGUGAAACUCCACCCUCCACCUCUGCCUCCCGCCCCCGGGGCCAAAGUACAAAGGGAGGAGGAAGAAGGGAACGGGGUCGGAGCCGUCGGAGCUAAAAGCACUAGAACCGGGGAGAGGGAGCUCCGAGCCUACUGGGGACUUUCUCCAGCCCUGCACCUGAGAACCCCGGCCGGAGUCCGGGCGCUGCCCCCCCACCCCCCGGCAGGCCCCACCUUACCCUUGGCGGGCGCCCAAACCGGGCUCCCCGGACUACUCCCGAACUGAGGGACGCUCAGCCCCUUGAAGCCAGCCAUGGUGAGGCGCCGGAGGCCCCGGGGCCCCACCCCUCCAGCCUGACCACACCACCCUGGGUGCCCUCCUCCUGAAGCCCGAGAUGCGGGGGACCGGGAGGCAACACUCCCGGCUCCCCAGAGAGGCGUGGGUCUGGGGCUGAGGGCCACGACCCGGAUGCCCAGGUUCCCGCACUAGCGCUAGGCAGCCAGCGGGGGUGGGGACCGCGGGCGCCGGGAGAAGGACCCCCACAUUCCAACGACGGCUCGGGGCCAUGGAGCCCUUGAAGAACCUCUUCCUCAAGAGCCCUCUGGGGUCAUGGAACAGCAGUGGCGCUGGGGGCGGCGGGGGUGGGGGCGGAGGCCGGCCGGAGGGAUCCCCGAAGGCGGCCGCUUAUGCUAACCCUGUGUGGACAGCCCUGUUCGACUAUGAGCCCAACGGGCAGGACGAGCUGGCCCUGCGGAAGGGCGACCGUGUGGAGGUGCUGUCCCGGGAUGCAGCCAUCUCUGGAGAUGAGGGCUGGUGGGCAGGCCAGGUGGGUGGCCAGGUGGGCAUCUUCCCAUCCAACUACGUGUCUCGGGGUGGUGGCCCACCCCCCUGCGAGGUAGCCAGCUUCCAGGAGCUGCGGCUGGAGGAAGUGAUCGGCAUUGGUGGCUUCGGCAAGGUCUACCGUGGCAGCUGGCGAGGGGAGCUGGUGGCUGUGAAAGCAGCGCGCCAGGACCCCGAUGAGGACAUCAGCGUGACAGCUGAGAGCGUCCGCCAAGAGGCCCGACUUUUCGCCAUGUUAGCCCAUCCCAACAUCAUUGCCCUCAAAGCUGUGUGUCUGGAGGAACCAAAUCUCUGCCUAGUGAUGGAGUAUGCGGCAGGAGGGCCCCUCAGUCGUGCUCUUGCUGGGAGGCGUGUGCCCCCACACGUGCUGGUCAACUGGGCCGUGCAGAUUGCCCGUGGGAUGCACUACCUGCACUGCGAGGCUCUGGUACCUGUCAUCCACCGCGAUCUCAAGUCCAACAACAUUCUGCUGCUACAGCCCAUUGAGGGUGACGACAUGGAGCAUAAGACCCUGAAGAUCACUGACUUUGGCCUGGCCCGAGAGUGGCACAAGACCACACAAAUGAGUGCUGCCGGCACCUAUGCCUGGAUGGCACCUGAAGUCAUCAAGGCCUCCACCUUCUCUAAGGGCAGCGAUGUCUGGAGCUUUGGGGUGCUUCUGUGGGAACUACUGACUGGGGAGGUGCCCUACCGAGGUAUCGACUGUCUUGCCGUGGCCUAUGGUGUGGCCGUUAACAAGCUCACAUUGCCCAUCCCGUCCACCUGCCCCGAACCCUUUGCACAGCUCAUGGCCGACUGCUGGGCGCAGGACCCCCACCGCAGGCCGGACUUCGCCUCCAUCCUGCAGCAGUUGGAGGCGCUAGAAGCGCAGGUCCUGCGGGAGAUGCCGCGGGACUCUUUCCAUUCCAUGCAGGAGGGCUGGAAACGAGAGAUCCAGGGCCUCUUCGACGAGCUGCGGGCCAAGGAAAAGGAGCUCCUGAGCCGCGAGGAGGAGCUGACGCGUGCGGCCCGCGAGCAGCGAUCGCAAGCGGAGCAGCUGCGGCGGCGAGAGCACCUGCUGGCCCAGUGGGAGCUGGAGGUGUUCGAGCGCGAGCUGACGCUGCUCCUGCAGCAGGUGGACCGCGAACGGCCACACGUGCGCCGCCGCCGGGGCACUUUCAAGCGCAGCAAGCUCCGGGCGCGCGACGGCGGCGAGCGCAUCAGCAUGCCCCUCGAUUUCAAGCACCGCAUCACUGUGCAAGCAUCACCUGGCCUUGACCGCAGGAGAAAUGUCUUCGAGGUUGGGGCUGGGGACUCGCCCACCUUUCCUCGGUUCCGAGCCAUACAAUUGGAGCCCGCAGAGCCAGGCCAGACGUGGGGCCGCCAAUCUCCCAGACGUCUGGAGGACUCGAGCAAUGGAGAGCGGCGAGCAUGCUGGGCCUGGGGUCCCAGUUCCCCCAAGCCUGGGGAGGCCCAGAAUGGGAGGAGAAGAUCUCGUAUGGACGAAGCCACGUGGUACCUGGAUUCAGAUGAUUCAUCCCCCUUAGGAUCUCCUUCCACACCCCCAACACUCAAUGGUAACCCCCCGAGGCCAAGCCCAGAGUCCGAGGAACCGCGACGACCGGGCCCAGCGGAACGAGGCAGCAACUCCGGGACACCCAAGCUGAUCCAGCGCGCGCUGUUGCGGGGCACGGCCCUGCUUGCCUCACUGGGCCUUGGGCGGGACCUGCAGCCACCAGGAGGCCUGAGCCGAGACCGUGGGGAGUCCCCCACAGUGCCCCCAGUGUCCGUGCCCACGCCCUGCCCCACUGAGCCACCCUCUACCCCACUCAUCCGCCUUUCCCCCAAGAUGCCCCACACCCGCAACCAGCCCACCUCAGGGCCUCUGCUGCUGGAUCUGGGUGUCACCACUGGCCAACCUUCAGCCAAGAGCCCCCGGCGUGAAGAGACACGAGGAGGCACCGUCUCACCCCCACCAGGAAUAUCACGCUCUGCUCCUGGCACCCCUGGCACCCCUCGUUCACCCUUGGGCCUCAUCAGCCGACCUCGGCCUUCACCCCUUCGUAGCCGCAUUGACCCGUGGAGUUUUGUGUCAGCUGGACCACGGCCUUCACCCCUGCCUUCCCCACAGCCUGCACCCCGACGGGCCCCCUGGACCUUGUUCCCGGACUCAGAUCCCUUCUGGGACUCCCCACCUGCCAACCCCUUCCGGGGAGGCCCUCAAGACUGCAGGGCGCAGACCAAAGAUAUGGGUGCCCAGGCACCCUGGGCGCCAGAGGCAGGGCCUUGAGUGGGCCAGGCCACCCGCCACGCUCCAGCUACCUUAGAGGAGACACCGCAUACACUGGAAUGGGCACCAGGCAGGCCUCUCUAUAGCUGCCUUGGUUUCCCCCAGGAUCCCCACCACCACCCCCGCUUGGGAAGGGGGGGUGGUCAGGAACACUACACUGCACCGGAAGCCUUCACACUGGAUGGGGGGGGCCUGCACCCUCUUCACCUGCAACCUGGAGGUCCCCCUGACUUCCUUGCCCUACUGGGGCCUGACACUGUACCCAGCUGGUUGGGAGGACCAGAGCCUGACUCAGGGAAUUGCCCGCAGGGGUGUCCGCAGGGAGGGGAGGUGCAGGGGAGAAAGGCCAACCUCAGCUGUCACCAGCACUUUUGACCAAGUCCUGCCACUGUGGUUCCUGCCCCAGGGCUUAGUUCCUGGACGGCCCCCCUCCCCCCACCCCUCUAUCCCACCUCUGAAAGUGGUCAGAGGCUGGGAUUUUUUGGGUGCCUUCCUGCUGCCCCAGCCAGGGUUGUGGCCUUGGCCUGAGGUUCCAAUGAAGCCAAAUAAACUUGUAAGCUGUUUUCCCAA